UUUGGACAUCCAGAAGUAUAUAUUUUAAUUUUACCAGGAUUUGGAAUAAUUUCACACAUUAUCUUUCAAGAAAGAAGAAAAAAGGAAACAUUUGGAGUAUUAGGAAUAAUUUAUGCUAUAAUUUCUAUUGGAUUUCUUGGAUUUAUUGUAUGAGCACAUCAUAUAUUUACUGUCGGAAUAGAAGUAGAUACUCGAGCUUAUUUUACUUCAGCAACAAUAAUUAUUGCUAUUCCUACUGGAAUUAAAGUAUUUAGAUGAUUAGCCACAAUUCAAGGAAGACAAAUAAAUUAUAACCCAUCAAUAAUUUGAGCCCUAGGAUUCAUUUUUUUAUUUACCAUAGGUGGAAUUACUGGAGUAAUUUUAGCUAAUUCAUCAAUUGAUAUUAUUUUACAUGAUACUUAUUAUGUAGUAGCACAUUUUCAUUAUGUUCUUUCAAUAGGAGCUGUUUUUGCAAUUAUAAUAAGAUUUAUUCACUGAUACCCUUUAUUUACUGGUCUUUAUUUAAAUAAUAUAAUAUUAAAAAUUCAAUUUUUUAUUAUAUUUAUUGGAGUAAAUUUAACAUUUUUUCCCCAACAUUUUUUAGGUUUAUCAGGAAUACCUCGUCGAUAUUCUGAUUUUCCUGAUUCAUUUUUAAUAUGAAACAUUAUUUCAUCUUUAGGAUCUUCUAUUUCUAUAAUUAGAAUUUUAUUUUUUAUUUUUAUUUUAUGAGAAAGAAUAAUUAAUUAUAAAAAAAUUAUUUUCCCUAAUCAAAUAAAUACAUCAAUUGAAUGA